CCGCGUCGUCGACUUCCGGCUGCCGCCAUCUUGCUAACGCGGAAGCCCCCGGCUGGGUGGGAGUCCGGGCCGGACCGCGGACGGUGCGGACGGCGCUAUGCCGUCGUCGCCGCUGCGUGUGGCGGUGGUGUGCUCGAGCAACCAGAACCGGAGCAUGGAGGCGCACAAUAUCCUCAGCAAGCGAGGCUUCAGCGUCCGGUCCUUCGGAACAGGAACUCACGUGAAGCUCCCAGGACCUGCACCCGACAAGCCCAAUGUCUAUGAUUUCAAAACCACAUAUGACCAGAUGUACAAUGACCUUCUCAGGAAAGACAAAGAACUCUAUACGCAGAAUGGAAUCUUGCAUAUGUUGGACAGAAAUAAGAGAAUCAAGCCUCGGCCAGAAAGGUUCCAGAACUGCAAAGACCUGUUUGACCUGAUCCUGACCUGUGAGGAGAGGGUCUACGACCAGGUGGUGGAAGAUCUGAAUUCCAGAGAACAGGAGACCUGCCAGCCAGUACAUGUGGUCAAUGUGGACAUUCAGGACAACCACGAGGAGGCCACCCUCGGGGCCUUCCUCAUCUGCGAGCUCUGCCAGUGUAUCCAGCACACGGAGGACAUGGAGAACGAGAUCGACGAGCUGCUGCAGGAGUUCGAGGAGAAGAGCGGCCGGGCCUUCCUGCACACCGUGUGCUUCUACUGAGCCGCAGCCGGCCUUCCCGAAGGCUGCCCCUGCCCCGUGCAGGUUAGCCCCGGUGCCUGUCACCGCAGCACUGCACGUGGAGAACGAGAGGCAGACUGCCCGAUCGUCCUCACCCACCCCAGCCACAGGAAGGCGGUUUGUGCACGUGCCCUGCGCGUGUGCCUGUGGCCGGCGCCCAGCCCCUCCGCCCCGGCUGCAGAUUGUGUGCAUACCUGAGCGACGGAGAGGACCUGGAAUUGCCCAAUAAACAAGAUGCUGCUAGUG